AUGGCCCGACAAACUCGAUCUGGUGCACAACAUCCAUCUCCACCACCUCCUGAUAGUCGUCCCUCAGGAACCUCAUCCGACUCAGAAACUGACCAAUGUGUCACAAGAACUACUAACAAACGUAAAAAAUCAGCAAAAUCAUCCAACUCAAAAUCAGGAACCAAAAGCAAAUCGAAGCGUACACGACAAGCAGCAGUAACUGACGAACCCGAUCCUAUCAACACGCAGAACGACUAUGACUUGAGUGAUCAUCACAAUGACAACAACCUUUCCAACACUGUGAUGGACGCUGCUGACGACGACGACAAUGACUUUUUACUUCCCCCGUCAAUAACUCGUCCCAUUCACAAUCAAAGUAACAGUUCAAAUAACUCUAAUCCACCGGCUACACACAACAACGGGUCAACCCUAUUAGACUCAGAUACCAUUUUACCGACCAUUGAUAAUUAUAAGCAAUCCCUCAAUCAGUGGCCUGAGUAUCAAAUCUCAUCUCAUAUGCGUGGGCGGAGGACUGGGAAUGUGGUUCCACCGAAGAUUUUUGACGAGCUUGUUGCUAUUCAGAAGAUUUAUCGCCAUCACAAGGCCUUGUUGGCAAUGAUGGGAAAUGUUUCUCUAUAUACACUCAAUAAGUCAAUUGGUGAGAUAGGUGGUAAGCCAGGCCAAGAUGACUAUCAUCUCUGGAUGUCAUAUGCAAACGAAAAAAGCAAACACAGAAUGCCUAAUAGAGGACAGAAAGGUGUCUUAGGUCAACGGAAUAAAGAUGUGGGGGCAGCAUGGACAGCACUCCCUGAAGAACGUCGGCGAGUAUUUGACCCUCAGAUCUUUUAUACUUUGUCUGGACUCCCUAAGCCUAUAAACAAUGAUGACGGUGAUGAGGAAGGAGAAGAAAUUGUGCUUCAGCCUGAGGAACUAGUAGAACUACAGGCCUUAUAUGAUGAGAUGGUAUGUAAAGACAAGGUUGCAAUGGUAUAUGCAAAAGUUGCUGCUGGGCUACCACAAGGGCCUCCGCUCCCGGAAUUUAAUCGCAAGUCCCUCAAAUGUGUGGAACAACUUCACAAGCAGAUCAAAAACGAGUCCAAUCGAAUGCAGUUUGCGUAUUAUCUCAUCGCAUCAACUAUUCAUGCAGCUACUGAGGGGAAAAAGUCUGAGCCUGGAUGGUGCCGGGAAUAUACGUCUAACAAAGAUAUGGCCGAUUAUCUUGACAGGAAGGCUAAUUUCGCCACAAUCUUUGCCACUCAUAUUCAAGGCCUUGCAGUCAAUGAAGCUGUUGCAAGCCAAAUCGGUGGGAAAUCGACUUCGACAAAGCAAGCCUCACCUGGCGAUAUCUUGAAAGGAAAACUAGCUGGCAAGCUGCGUUCUGAAAUAGAUACAUUAUUGAAAAUUAAAUGUAAUGGCUUUCCUCGCGGUCCCGAUCCGUUAGGCUUCGACAAAAUGCCUACUAGCACUCGCCAGCUUUGGCUCGAUGACUUGAAUAAAGGUUUUUUCAAGCUCAAGCUCAAAAGUGCGCCUGAUGUUACAGAGGACACUGAAACACUACAAGACAACAGUCAUCUUGAAGAAGCUAAUCACCCCAAAUCGCCAACACCAAAUGCUCAAAAUGAGUGUGAUGAUGAAGAUGUUGAAGAGGAAGAGGAGUGGGGAGGAAUUGAUAUGUCCUCUAUGGUGCCUUUCUGA